UGAAUUUGUAGAAUCUGAAAAAUACCCACCAAUUUUCAAUGGCGAUUGCUUCUUCUUCAUCUUCAAUUCGUCCUCUUAACCAUUCCUCCUUAUUCCCAAAAUGCCCUUCCCUUUCUCACCAUUCCCAAUUUCGUCCCCCUCCCCCGUUCUCCCCUCCGUCGUUUCGCUCCACAGUCCGUGCAACCUCUGCAGUCGUUCUAGAACGGGAAUCAAUCACUCAGCCUCAAGAUACAACCGAGGUUGAGUUGUUUGCAUGCCCAGUAUGCUUUGAACCACUAGUAAGGAAAGGUCCAUCAGGUUUUAACUUGCCAGCAAUUUACAGGUCUGGUUUCAAAUGUAAGAAAUGCAACAAGACAUACUCCAGCAAAAACAUUUAUAUUGAUCUCACUGUUACUGCUGGAACAAAGGACUACACAGAAUACCAACCAGCCAGGACUGAGCUUUUUCGGAGUCCACUUGUUUCGUUCUUUUAUGAAAGAGGCUGGCGUCAAAAUUUUAACCGUAGUGGCUUUCCGGGUCCUGAUGAAGAGUUCAAAAUGGCUCAGGAAUACUUUGAACCUGCAGAAGGUGGUGUUUUGGUAGAUGUUAGCUGUGGGAGUGGUUUGUUUUCUCGGAAAUUUGCCAAAUCCGGGACCUAUUCAAAAGUUGUUGCUCUGGAUUUUUCUGAAAAUAUGCUGCGGCAAUGUUAUGAUUUCAUCGAGAAUGACGACUCAAUUUUAACCAUCAAUCUUGCUCUCGUAAGGGCAGAUGUUUCCAGGCUGCCCUUCACAUCUGGUUCGAUUGAUGCUGUUCAUGCUGGUGCAGCCUUGCAUUGUUGGCCAUCUCCUUCCAAUGCAGUUGCUGAAAUAAAUCGUAUACUGCGAAGUGGUGGUGUCUUUGUUGGGACUACCUUUCUUCGAGCCAGUCCAUCCACUCCCGAGAUAUUGAGGCCUUUUAGACAGAGGAUUCAGGGGAAUUAUAACUAUUUUACAAAGGAGGAGAUCGAGGACUUGUGCACAACAUGUGGUCUUAUCAACUACUCAAGCAAAGUCCAACAGUCUUUCAUCAUGUUCUCUGCACAGAAGCCUUGAGACUCUUGUUUUGGUACAUCUGUAGCAUCAUUUUCUCCAUCUUCUUCUUCUCUGUUGAUUUGUUGUAGAGUUCAUGCCAUUUUGUUUUUUCAAGUAAAAAUGCAUUCAUACUACCCAAUAGGAGUUUCAUAGAACUUUAUCUACUCCUCACCUAAAGGAUUCAUAGAGAUUGUGUGACAAAAUUAUCACAAAUGCAAAGCAAAAUUAUUGGUUAUUAUAUCUACUGCCUGAUUUGUACCAAAUUGACUGUAAUAAUAUUGAAGUAAUAAAAGAGUUAUGAAUGUUCAGUUA